AAUUCCUUGCCCGUAAAGGUUCGUUUCGUUCCCAAAACUCAAUUCUCGAAGGCAGACCAACUCAACACCAACACUUCAUCACAGAACCCAAACGACGCAAAAGCAGCAAAGCAAAGGAAAGCAAGGGAGACAAUUGGAAUGGUGCCACCGGCGGUGCAGGCGAGUUCAUCCCCUGCCAACCCACAACAGACCCAACAAUUCCUGAGCUCUGUACUUUCCCAGCGAGGGCCCUCCGCCCUCCCUUACUUGGAGGACACCAAGUGGCUGAUCCGCCAGCACCUGCUCUCUCUUUCCUCCUCCUACCCUUCCCUCGAACCCAAAACUGCUACCUUCACCCAUAACGACGGCCGUUCUAUCCACCUUCUCCAGGCCGACGGCACCAUCCCCAUGUCUUUCCAGGGUCUCACCUACAACAUCCCCGUCAUUCUCUGGCUCAUGGAGUCCUACCCCCGCCAACCUCCCUGCGUCUACGUCAACCCCACCCGCGACAUGGUCAUCAAGCGCCCCCACCCUUUCGUCAGCCCCUCCGGCCUCGUCUCCGUUCCUUGCCUCGAGAACUGGAUCUACCCCAGCUCCAAUCUUGUCGACCUCGUUCGUAGUCUCAGCCUCUACUUCGGCAGUGACCCACCUCUCUAUUCCCAACGCCGCCCUAACCCUAACCCUAACCCUAAUCCUAAUCCCAAUUUUACUCCUCCCUCUCUUCAUCCUCCCAGCGGAACGGCUUCCAGUUUGGGGUACGCCCGCCCCUCUAUUCAAACGAGACCGUACCCGCCGUCUCCGUAUGGUGUUCAAACAGAGGAUUCUUCGGAGGCAUAUAGGAGGAGCGCCGUGAACAAACUGGUGGAGUUGGUGCACGGGGAUUUGACGACUAUGAGGAAGGCGCGCGAGGCGGAUAUGGAAGGGCUUUUCAACGCACAGGCGAUGCUGUGGCACCGGGACGAGCAGCUGAAGAAGGGCCUCAACGAGAUGUACGAAGAGAAGGAAGGACUGGAGCAGCAAUUGCAGAUGAUGCUGAUGAACACCGACGUGUUGGAGGCGUGGUUGAGGGAGAACGAAACGAAGCUGAGGAGUCUCCGCCAGAAUGUUGACGUGGACGACGCAUUCGAGAUCAUUGACGUGCCAUCCAAACAAAUGCUCGAGUGCGCGGCCUCCGAUUUGGCAAUCGAGGACGUGGUGUACUCCUUGGACAAGGCUGUGCAGGAGGGCGCGAUACCAUUCGAUCAGUACCUGAGGAAUGUGCGGCUCUUGUCACGCGAGCAGUUCUUUCACCGCGCCACUGCGGCAAAAGUGCGGGCCACGCAGAUGCAGGCUCAGGUUGCCAAUAUGGCCGCCCGGAUUUCUCACUUCGGCGGUGACACUGAGGCGCUCCGAGCCCGAGCUUCAUAGGCCUGAUUGAUUACUUAUUAUACCCAAUCAUAUAGUUGAAGGUCAGAGUUUCCUGUGCAAAUUUUUCAAUGGUAUACGUUUAUAAUUUUUUUUGGCUUUUCUUUUUCUUUUUCAUGGAUUUUAGAUCGUUCUGUAAUGAUUUGUGUCUACAGGGUAAAGAAAUACGUGAGUUUAUGUUCUGAUUGAAUAAAUAUAUGGGUUAAGUUCAAAUUUUUUAUCCUA